UUUUGAAUUAAAUAUAUGAUUUAAGUUUCUGAUGUCACUUUAUAGGAAGCUUUGGCUAAGAAAGAGGAGGGAAACAAGUUCUUCGUCGAUAAGAAGUAUGAUGAAGCCAUCAAAUGCUAUUCUGAAGCUAUUGGUAUGUAGUAUUGAUCAUCUAUGGCUAGAUCAUAAUCCAAAUGAAUCUGUAUAUUAUUCCAAUAGGGCAGCUUGCUAUUUAGCAUUAAAGCAAUACAAAAAAGCUUUAGAUGACACAGAAUAAGCAUUGAAAAGGGAUUCAAACAACGUAAAAACUUUGAGAAGGAAAGCAAUUGCCCUUUAAAAUUUGGGGAGAUUGGAAGAAAGUGUGAAUUCGCUGAAUGCUGCCUUAUAAAUAACUCCUGGUGAUUAAUCAUUGAAAUCAGAGUAUUUGACAGCCCAACAGGUAAAAAUAAUAGACUUAAAUUAGACUUGUUAAAGCUAUUUGGAAGGUUUGAAAUAAAUUCAAAAUGAAGAUUAUUAAAAGGCCUUAUAUUAAUUUUAAUAAGUUAUAUAAGUGUGUGCCUAAUCCUUGGAAAUUUAGAUCUUAUUUGUUGAAUGUUUGGCUAAGUGUGGUGAUAACGACAGAGCCAGUAAAUGGCUUAUGCAAAUUUAAAGUGAACACGGAACAACUCCUGAUGUGUAUUACUUAAAAGGAAUCAUCGACUUAUAUAACGGGAAUAGUGAAAGAGCGAAGAAAAUCCUAAUUGAUGGUAUGAAGGUCGACCCAGACAAUAAGAAGUGCAGAGAAGCAUUGAAGAAGGCAAGGAAGUGUGAAGAAUUGAAGGAAAAAGGAAAUCAACUACUUUAGGAAGUGAAAUUAAAUGAUGCCAUCGAAUGUUACACAGAAGCUUUGAGUGUCGAUCCAUACAAUCGUAAAAUCAACUCAAUUAUCUAUGCCAAUAGAGGAUUAGGUAUUAGAUUUUAUUCAAUUUAGUUAAAUAAAAAAUGAAUCAACACAAGGAAGCCAUUGAUGAUUUUACUAAAUCUAUUGAAUUGAAUCCCUAAUACUAUAAAGCCUUAAUAAGAAGAGCUGAAUCAUAUGACAAGUUAGGAUAAUUUGGGGACUCUUGCCAUGAUUACUAACAAGUUAUUCAAAUUGAACCAACAUUGGAAUAGGAAAUGGCAUAGAAAUUGAGAGAGGCUCAAAAGAAAGAAAAAUUAGCAAAGAAGAAGGACUAUUAUAAAAUAUUAGAAGUUGCAAGGGAUGCCACAGAAAAUGAAAUCAAAAAAUCAUAUAGAAGAUUGGCAUUGUUAUGGCAUCCUGAUAAAUUGAAAGAUAAAGAUGAAGAAACCAAAGUACCAAUUACUUAUUAACUAAACUCUAGCAAUUGGGAUAAUAGAAGUUUAGGGAUAUUGCUGAAGCAUAUGCAGUGUUAUCUGAUAAAAAAAAGAAGGAUCUCUAUGAUUCAGGAGUUGAUCCUAACGAUCAAAGUGGUGGUUUUGAUGGCGGAGUCGAUCCUACUCAAGUCUUCUAAAUGUUUUUCGGCGGCGGAGGAGGUUACCAAUAAUUCCCAUUUGGCGGGGGAGGAGGAGUUCGUUUUGAAUUUAGAUGAAGUUAAACAUCUAUAAUUUUAAUGUUAAAAAUAAAAAAUGUC